AUGUCUUCUCCGUCCAUACCAAGAAGGGGCCAGCCGUCCACUGGCAACACUACUCAGCCCAGAUACUAUUCGAAGCAAACCAAUCUGCAGCGUCGCGAAUCGGUACAAGAUUCUCUCCCCCCGGUCUCCUCUCACGAGAAUCGUGACUCCUCCGAGACUGCCUAUAGUGAUGAAAGAUGCAUCACCAAUGCAAUCCGCGUGGCGACAUCCACCGAGGGCAACCCAAGCCAAGAUAGCACCUUCCAGAUGGACCCAAUUCUGGAGAACGGACAAGCAGCAAACAUGGCCAUGUUCCUUCCACUGGAAUCCUCGCAAGAUUGUCCCGUUUUUACUCAGCGGCAGACCUCCGGGAUGCAGAAACAACUUUUAGGUGGUGCAUGGCGCGGUCAGGUCCUCUCUGACCAAGGACCACCUUACCGUGCAGAGCAACGAAGCUCAACCCUUUCGAGCGAGAAACGCUCGGGAGAAGAGGCCGUGCAUCCUCAACACUCCAAAGCCGCUUCUAUUGAUACGUGCGCUACGCAUUUCCCUCGUCCUCACUGGCCAAGGCAUGCUACUCCCGUGGCCGUUUCGCUAGUUCAGCCGCGCUUCCCACCACCAGAAAGAUCGCCUACGCCCCCAGGACUCCCAUCAUUCAAUACACCAGAAGCUAUAACCUUCGCUGCACGGUUCAAUGCGGAAAACGGUGCACUGCGUCCCACGGCAGCCAAUUCUCGAUUCACUGGCUCAACCAGAGGGUAUACCUUGACUUCAUACGGUGCAGGAAUUCGGAGAUUCUUCGUGCGUGCAUCUUUACCAAACACAGGGCUGUCCAGCCAGGCAGGCUACCAAGGCAUCAGUCGUGCUCCGGGUGCAACGAUUGUCCAAGGUCGCUUCCCUAUUCGACAUAGCGGGCACGGUAUACAUCACAUCCAGGAUAUACAAGAGCAUCAAUUCCAUCUACCCGAUAUGCCAGUAGCAGAGACUACCACCGCGGCACUAGAAGGGUUACAUGAAGUUGAUGAACCGUCCGUAAAGCGACCAAGCGCUCCGCGAAAACGCCGCAACAGUGCACUCGGAUCAUUGUAUACUUUCUCACGGCCGUGGACCUCUCGUGACGCUCGCACAGUUGCUCAUGCCGGUAAUGCUAGUAGGCCCGACUUUUCUGAAGUAGCCCGUUCUAUGCCCUCCCCUCUCCAGCUUCCAGCGCCAAGCAUUCCUAUACAUAUCAGACCCGGGACGGACGAUAGCACGGCCGAACCGCUUGAGACACAAUCAGGCAGCAUCCUCGAUAAGCUUUGCUGUCUACCAAUGGAAUUAUGUAAAUGCUUUUGUGUAGGUGAUACCAAUGCGCAUGGACCGACAGAGCCUCUGCAGACUGUCACCUCGAACGACACUUAUCAUACAGCGCCCAGCCCCCCAUCGUCUACGAGGAACAGUACUACCCAUGGUGCUCAUGACGUCGAGUCGAAUGACGCACAGAAUUCCUCUCAACCACCAGCUGCAAGGCGCAACCCUUUCUGGCAACGGGCUCUGGGCUUCAGGUUUGCUUCGUUGAAUAUCUAG